AUGGUCACUUACUGGAAGGAUAAGCUAAAAGGAGUCAGAAGUGUGAUGGAGUACGUCAUGGACAUUUUUAACUCUGAAAUCGAAACUUUUGAUAUAACCGAAGACGCGACGUCAUCCGAGAUUCACUAUAUUUUCCAAUGGAUGGCUAAAAGGAAAACUGCAUUCUCCUUGUUCAUACUGGACUGUAAUAAUGUAACGACGGAUGAUCUGAACUUCUUUUUCCGUAACAUCCAGAUCAGUAAAAUUGCCUGUCUAAAUGGACGCUUUCCUGAAACCUAUCGACAUCAACGAAGUCAAUUUUGGACUUUUCCAAGAAACGUCGUGAAUUUUUAUGCUGGAGUUUGA